AUGUCGAAGUCAACCGCCUCCAAACCCCGGAAAGGCAGAACCAGCACCGGUUCAAACCCCAAGAACUCUGCAGCUGCGGCUAAGAAGGGGAAGCCAAGCUCAUCGAAAAAGCAGCGCGACGCUGCGACGACUGGCACAGAGGCCCCUGCUGAGAGCCAGCAGACAGUGGAAGCUCAGCCCGCUGCUCUUGAGUUACGUAUUACACAGGCAGUACAGGAACUGACGAAGUACGUGAGCUCGAAGACCACGCCAGAGUCGGUGCUUAUCGACGAUAGCGAACUAACGGGGCAGUUGCAGCUCAUCGCUACGAGCGUGCGCGCGUACAGCAAGCCAGGCAACCUGAAGCCAACGCUCCUUGCUGUGAAGCACUCGCUAUUCAAGCCUUGGAAGAAGGCAAGCGCUACUGCUGUCAAAGACUUUAAAGUACUGCUAAUUAUGCGCGACCAAGACAUGGACAAGGUCUCUGACGACGCGCUAUACGAGUCAAUCGAGCAAGCGCACGGUAUCUGCAUUGACAAGGUAAUCUCUGGGCACGACCUAAAGACCACGUACAAGGCGUUCGAGAAGCGCCGCGCGCUGCUCUCGGAGUUUUCGCUGGUGCUUGCCGACGACGCCAUCGUGUCCGCUUUGCCAAAGCUGCUUGGCUCGAAGGCCUACGAAAAGAUCCAGACGACCCCCGUACCUAUUCGCACCGGGAAAGCUGGUGUCUUCAGCAUGACCACGCUGGCUAAUAGCGUCCGUCGCAUCUUCAACGAGCGUCUGCCCGUGCUACUUCCUUCCGGUGUAACGCUCAACGUACACAUUGGGCAUCUGGACUGGUUUACUCCGGAGGAGCUGACUGCCAACGUUGCGUCGCUGGCCUCUCAGCUGAUUGCGGCACACCCCAUCCGCUCGCUUUACCUGAAGUCCAACAACUCCCCCGCCCUCCCACUCUACUACAGCCCUGCUGCCCUGCAGGAUGCGACUGCUGCUGCGGCCGCCGCCCAUGUUGCUGGCUCGUCUGGUACCGUCUCCAUUGACGGCGUCGAUUUGCCUCUGUCGUCCUUUGACCGUGCUCUAGCCCAGAUUGCGAACCCAGACGAGCUGCCUGUUGUCUUCGCAAAGCAGAUUGCGCGCGCCAAGCGCUCGCAGGAAAACCUGCCCGAAUUGGGCUCUGCAAACAAGCGCAGCAAACAGUGA